AAACGAAGGUGCUUGUGUUGGGUGGAACACAAUCAAAGCUGCUAACCUUGUCUGUGGAACACAAUCGAAGCUGUUGACCUUGGAGAUCGAUCAAAUAUCUUGGGUUGUAAAGGAGUAUAACUGUGAUAUACCACAUGGACAAAAGUUGUCAAUUUUUGAAGCUAGCACAGAUUAUUUUACAAUAAAAAUGCAUCAUAGUGGUAAAUUUGAGGGUUAUGGUGACAAAGUGUACACAUGUGGGAGAUGGAACCACUUUGAUAUGUGUCAUGCUGACCAAAUAUCUUUGAUAGAGUUGAACAACAUGCUGAAAGAUGUUGGAGUGGGUUAUUUUGAGAAUACAAAAUACUAUCAUAGAGCUAGUAAAGGGUGGAGGGUAUUGAAAAAUGAUCAGCAGGUCAUGGAACUUGAGAAGUGGGCAAAUAGUAACAGAGUGGUUGAUCUAUAUGUGGAACACAAUAAGACUUGUAUAUUGAACCCUAGUCAAGCUGAGUCAACUUGUAGUAAUGGGGUAGCAUCUAAGAGUUCUUCUCAUAAAGAUGAAGUUGACAGUGAAGAAUGCUCACAGGGUGAGUCUUCUGGGUCAGAAUAUUUUUAUAAUAAUAAAUAUGAUAUGGAGAAUUCUCAGUUGUAUGAGAAUGCAGUUGAUGAUGAUUCUAACUUUGUAGGGAAGGGGAAAAGGGUUAAAAGUAACAAACAAAAAGGGGAUCAGAAUGUUAAGGCAAUAGGAAUGGACAAUGACAGUGGUUUAGUAGGUGAAGAUUAUGAGUCUGAUGAGCUGCAAAGCCUUAGUGGCUCAUCUGAUAAGGAUGAAACAGGGGUGAGAGGGUUAAGUAUCCACAUUUCAAUGCUAAGAUUGAUAUGGUUGACCCAUAGUUUAAGAUAG